CCUCCCCGAGCAGGAAGCUCGCGCUGCGCCGCUGCGGCUGCUCAGCUCUCCAGGCGCGUCCAGACCCGCUGAGCUCGGCACGCCAUCCCAGACCCCGCGGCGGUCCCCACGAGGACAGUGACCCCCGCCACUUCACCUGCCUCUCCGCCUGCUUCCUGCCACUUUGUCAGCCCCGGCGAAGGGCCCAAGAGAAAGCUGAGCCUGCUCUCGUCCCGGCCCCGCAGCCCUCCUGUCUCCUUACGCGCCAUGGAAGCCUCGCAACAGCAGCUAGACCCCGACGGAAGGGGCGCCUUGGGCCACGAGCCAGGGGACAGCCCCCAAGAAGAGCUGGACUUCUCCAUGCUCUUCAACUAUGACUAUAUGAACCCUCCUGAAGAAGAACCGAAUGCACAUAAGGUCGCCAACCCACACUCCGGACUUGCGUACCCUGAUGAUGGCCUGGACUAUGGCCUCAAGCCAUACAGCCCCCUCGCCAGUUUCUCUGGCGAGCCCCCCGGCCGAUUCGGAGAGCCGGAUAGGGUAGGGCCCCAGGACUUUCUGAGCCCGGCCAAGCCAGCGGGGGCCUCGGGCCUGAGCCCUCGGAUCGAGAUCACUCCAUCCCACGAACUGAUGCAGGCAGGGGGGCUCCGCGUGAGAGACACUGGCCUCCUGGGGGAGCAGGCGUCGCUGGCGGGGGUGGCCGCCAGCCCGAGGUUCACGCUGCCCGUGCCCGGCUUCGAGGGCUACCGCGAGCCGCUUUGCUUGAGCCCCGCUAGCAGCGGCUCCUCUGCGAGCUUCAUUUCCGACACCUUCUCUCCCUACACCUCGCCCUGCGUCUCGCCCAAUAACGGCGGGCCCGACGACCUGUGUCCCCAGUUUCAAAACAUCCCUGCUCAUUAUUCCCCCAGAACCUCGCCAAUAAUGUCACCUCGAACCAGCCUCGCUGAGGACAGCUGCCUGGGCCGCCACUCGCCCGUGCCCCGUCCGGCCUCCCGCUCCUCGUCGCCUGGUGCCAAGCGGAGGCAUUCGUGCGCCGGGGCCUUGGCUGCUCCGCUGCCCGGAGCCUCGCCCCAGCACUCCCGCAGCCCCUCGCCGCAGCCCCCGGACGACGGGCCUCCCCCUGGCUACUCCCCAGCGGCUGGCUCUGCCGUCCUCAUGGAUGCCCUGAACAGCCUCGCCCCGGACUCACCUUGUGGGAUCCCCCCCAAGAUGUGGAAGACCAGCCCGGACCCGUCGCCGGUGUCUGCCGCCCCGCCCAAGGCCGGCCUGCCCCGCCACAUCUACCCGGCCAUGGAGUUCCUGGGGCCCUGCGAGCAGGAGGAGCGGAGGAACUCGGCCCCCGAGCCCAUCUUGCUGAUGCCGCCGACCUGGCCCAAGCAGCUGGUGCCUGCCAUCCCCAUCUGCAGUAUCCCAGUGACCGCGUCCCUCCCGCCACUGGAGUGGCCACUGUCCCACCAGUCAGGCUCCUACGAGCUGCGGAUUGAGGUGCAGCCCAAGCCACACCACCGGGCCCACUACGAGACGGAGGGCAGCCGCGGGGCCGUCAAAGCACCUACUGGCGGCCACCCUGUGGUUCAGCUCCACGGCUACAUGGAAAACAAGCCCCUGGGCCUGCAGAUCUUCAUUGGAACAGCCGACGAGCGGAUCCUUAAACCCCACGCCUUCUACCAGGUGCACCGGAUCACGGGCAAAACCGUCACCACCACCAGCUACGAGAAGAUCGUGGGUAACACCAAAGUCCUGGAGAUCCCGCUGGAGCCAAAAAACAACAUGAGGGCGACCAUCGACUGUGCGGGGAUCCUGAAGCUGAGGAAUGCGGACAUCGAGCUGCGCAAGGGCGAGACGGACAUCGGCAGAAAGAACACACGAGUCAGGCUGGUUUUCCGGGUGCACAUUCCAGAGUCCAGUGGAAGGAUUAUCUCCCUGCAGACCGCAUCGAACCCCAUCGAGUGCUCCCAGCGGUCCGCCCACGAGCUGCCCAUGGUGGAGAGACAAGACACCGACAGCUGCCCAGUCUACGGGGGCCAGCAGAUGAUCCUCACCGGACAGAACUUCACGGCCGAGUCCAAAGUCGUGUUCACGGAGAAGACCACAGAUGGGCAGCAGAUCUGGGAGAUGGAGGCCACGGUGGACAAGGACAAGAGCCAGCCCAACAUGCUGUUUGUUGAGAUCCCUGAGUAUCGGAACAAGCACAUCCGCACGUCGGUGAAGGUGAACUUCUACGUCAUCAACGGGAAAAGGAAGCGAAGUCAGCCUCAGCACUUUACCUACCACCCAGUCCCAGCCAUCAAGACAGAGCCCACAGAUGAAUAUGACCCCACCUUGAUCUGCAGUCCCGCCCACGGGGGCCUGGGGAGCCAGCCUUACUACCCACAGCACCCCAGGGUGGCCGAGUCCCCCUCCUGCCUCGUGGCCACCAUGGCUCCCUGCCAGCAGUUCCGCUCAGGGCUCUCGUCGCCCGACGCCCGCUACCAGCAGCAGAACCCAGCGGCCGUGCUGUACCAACGGAGCAAGAGCCUGAGCCCCAGCCUGCUGGGCUACCAACAGCCAGCCCUGAUGACGGCCCCCCUGUCCCUCUCGGACGCCCACCGCUCCGUGCUGGUGCAUGCCGGCUCCCAAGGCCAAGGCUCAGCCCUGCUGCACUCCUCGCCGGCCAACCAGCAGGCCUCGCCGGUGAUCCACUACUCGCCGACCAACCAGCAGCUGCGCUGCGGGAGCCACCAGGAGUUCCAGCACAUCAUGUACUGCGAGAAUUUCGCACCCAGUACCACCAGGCCCGGCCCGCCCCCGGUCAGUCAAGGUCAGAGGCUGAGCCCGGGGUCUUACCCCACAGUCAUUCAGCAGCAGAAUGCCACAAGCCAAAGAGCCGCCAAAAACGGACCCCCGGUCAGUGACCAAAAGGAAGUAUUGCCUGCAGGAGUGACAAUUAAACAGGAGCAGAACUUGGAUCAGACCUACUUGGAUGACGAGCUGAUAGACACACACCUUAGCUGGAUACAAAACAUAUUAUGAAACAGAAUGACUGUGAUCUUUGAUCCGAGAAAUCAGAGUUAAAGUUAAUGAAAUUAUCAGGAAAGAGUUUUCAGGACCUCCCACCAGAAAUCAGACGUAGAAGCAGCCCUCAGCAGGACACCUUCCAGACCCGACCCCUCGGAGCCCCCCGCUGCCCCUCACCCGCUGUCCCAACUGCACCUGCCCUGGCCGGAGCAGAGAGCUGACUGUCCCCUUCAGGAGCUCGCCACUUCGCUCUGGAAACACCAGCAAGGACACGCUGUCUUUUGAUUUUUCGUUUGUUCUGUUUUAAAUCCCAAAGAGCAUCUCGGUUGACUUUACUGGUGUCCCAUCUAAACCUUAAGUGCCUUCUGAGUAAGACAGCGCACUGAACGGCACCUGAGACCAGGGUGACUGGGGCUCGGGGUGCGGGCUGGGUCGGGGGACGGAGGACGCAGCUCCGGGUUUAUUUUCCCAGCUCCAGAACCUUUAAAGGCAAGGAGUUCCCACAUGGAGCAAGCAGAGAAGCUCGGCCCAAGAGUCCAGCUUACAGGCUGAAGAGACGCAGAGAAGCCCGCCUGUCACCUUCAGGUGUUACCUAUUCACGCCACAGUGGGGCCACAGCUGCGGUGUAUUUUUUAAAUUCUCAUUCUGAAGCGAACCUGUCUGGCCUGUACGAGAUCACCUGUUUAAAUUUCUCGGUGUUAAGUUAUGACAUGUAUAUGCUUAUUCUUCCCGCUUCAGAGAGCUGGCCAUGGUGGCUGGAGGUGGCACCUUGCUGGCCAGUGGCUCCCCGCCCCGCAGUGCGUGGGCACGGGCUGGAGAAGGGGGCCCAGGCUGCAGGGUGCGCUCCGGCACUGCAGCCCCCACCCUAAUGGCUUUUCUGAGGUUCCCACUUUCAUUCUUCCUAACAGCCAGGUGUUUUUCCUUAAAGCAGUUAAGAUUGUCUAGCAUGUGCAUUGCAUUCUCAGAAGGAACGGCAGAGGCCUAAAGCAAUUCCCCCUUCCUCCCCCCACCCCCACAGUACAGGUAUUUCUGUGAAGUGGUUGUGAAAAGAGGCAACUGGCAGGCCUCAGUGUUUCUGUGAGUGGGCUGCCCUCUCUGGCCUAGGCUCAAAGUGGGGCACUCAAGGUCAGGAUUCGGCCCAAAAGGUCAUUGGUUAUUUUGAUCUGAACGCAUUGAAUGCCCUGCUCGGCCCCCCAGAAAGACCCGUCUGCAGGAGCUGCCUAGUCCAGCACAGGACUCACCUGAAUAGGAGCAGGUCCACCCAGGGCGGCUGUCUCCCUCAGACGGACCCCCCAGUUAUACGACAGGUAUGACCCCUCCCCGACCUCGGCUCCUCUCCACCGUGCACAGGCCGGGCCCUCCAGAACCUUCCUCCUUCGGUGCUAUGUUUGCAAACAAAACCCUCAAAGUUCUUAGCAGGCGAGUGUCUAUUACACAGGUGUGCUUUGUCUGCAGGUGCUGCAGACACCCCAGGACUAGCCAGGGAUUGGCUUCCCAGUCUCUCAGUGGCGCCCUGGCGACUCACAGUGCAUGCGCACACGCAGCGCUGCGGAAAGCCACGCUGCCGGCACUUCCUAAUCCGGUCUGCUGGGCAGAAAGCCCAAGGAGUGAGGUGUGGCAGGUCAGGGCCCACUGGGGGUUUUCUAAGUGCUGGUUUUUUCACCCAGGUUACACAGAGGUAAAGCCUUCCCAAGAGCCGGACCGGGGGCGCAGGGCUUGGUGAUCGUGGCCUGGUGUGUUUGCUACCCCAGAGGGAGGGCAGAGGGCCCGGGCUGGGGCAUCUGCAUGUUCCUGUCUGUACUCUCUUGCUCCAGAUGGAGCAUGUGUUCCCCCCCAACAACAGGGGCGCUCUCCUCCACUCGCCCAAGCACCUCUUUUAAACAGAAGGCUGGUAAGAGGGUGACUGCUGCUGCAAACUUUCGGGGUGCACAGAGCUGCCCAGUGGAAAAGCUUCCACAAGCAGUUGCAGCGAAAGACCUUUCUCUGCAGCUACAGCUACAGCUGUGCUGACUGCACUGGGGAACUCAAGUUCAAGGGUUCGGCGAGUGAUUCAUUCUCACUUGACCUGGCUGGGAGCCUUUUUUUUUUUUUUUUGCACAUGAGGGAGUUUGGCCUUUCCUCAGUUAGCUGAGUGUUUAACCCAAGUGCCUUCCUGCUAUUGUAGCAAAGUCGCUCGGCUUCACAGAGUGUGGGGUGAAAAGGGAUGGAUGCGUUUUCCAUCAUCGUCCUAACGGGGCGGCGACAAGGACCUCCUAUUGGUUUAGACUCCUGUACGAGUGUGUGCUUAUACGCAUGCGCGUGUGUGCGUGGCACUCGCACCAGAUUGUCUUUUUCAAAGAUGUCUUAGCUGGCUAUUAUAGGAAUAGACAACUAUACCAACAGCAAAGGAAAGUGAGGCAAAGGCGUUUGAUCCGAGACGCAAACGGGCAGGAGAGCAUGUGAGGAGGAACGCACAGCUACCCAGAAAGUUUUGUCAGGGACAAAGGCCAGGAGGGAAUUUCUCCAGGAGCGAAAACUCGGGAGAAACUGUUUUCGCAGUGGCAAGAGGCCCCCAAAUCCUCUACGAGAAGGAGAAGGAGAAAGCAAGACGUCUAAGUGGCGAAGGUGUGUGAGCGUUGCACGUGAGUUAGAAGGAUCUCUGUUAGGGGGAGGUUUGCACUCGCUACAUUCGAGGUCAAUUACACACGUAGCACUUCCAGCGGAAACGGAAACCUACCGCGUUGCUGAAUGUAGUCUCUCCAAAGAUUGCCGGUCUUCCCGCACUGUACAGAAAUGCUGCCGCUUGAUAAUAUAUAACGGCCACCCAGAUCAAUUAGUGUAUUAUUAAAUUUUAUUUUCUUAUCUGUAUUUUUAUGCUUUUCAUCUGUCCUCAGAAUAUCGCACCCCUGUUGGAAUUAGAAAAGUAUUUAUAAAUGGUCAGAAGUCUUUUUUCAAGUGUCUCUCUUUACAUAUAUGUUGAUAUUUUUUCUUCCCUAAGAGAAAUGAUGUAUUCUUGAAAAUGCGUUAAUCAUUCCAGAAAACCAAACUCCACCCCAGAGCCUGUCAGCAGUCAGUCACCUGUCUCCCGGACUGAGUCAUCUCUGGAGAAAAGGGGGGGGCAUGUUUUGGGGGGCAGAAGGAGCCACCCGCUUCCUGCCCAAGAUGACGCUGCCUGACUUCCGCUCUGAGCCCCAAUCUCGUCCCCGAGGAGAACGUUCUGAAGUGUUUUGGUCCCCCACUGAGUAGAUGCUAUUUGUAAAAGCCUGCCUGUGUUGUAAUAACGGGGUUCCAGAAGAGCUCCUGCCCCCCAAACCCAAGUGCGGGCGAAUGUUUACAGAGCCGACUGGAUCCCGGCGGGUCAUCCCCGCACACAUCACCCAAAGGACAUCCCAAGUUUCCCAGCAGGACACAGCCUUGGCCUCAGGUAGGACCCGAUUCCUUCUAAGAACUGGGAGGCCCUGGUGCAGCCUUUUCCUGUUUAUGUCCAAGAGCCAAGCCGCCGGCGCAGGCCGCUGCCACCUGAGACAGCGCGGAAACCAAUGUGUUCUAAUUGUCACCCUGGACUCAAGGGAGGCAGAUUUGUUUAUUUUCAUGUCAACAGACACUUCCCAAGUGCUUUCUAUUUUGCAAAAUUGAACGGACAUCAGGGGUCCGGUUAACAACUUUGUUCCCUCGGCGUUUAUGAGAAAGAAGCAUGGGGCUAUGACAUCCUGGACGAGUGUGGGGGGGGACUUCCCCAAACUGGUUUUGUUGGAGGGGCCACCCUGCAGCAGGCACCCGGCACAACUGCUGCUGGCUCUUCCUGGCCUGGGGCCUGGGCACGCGGUCUCACGGGGCCAGACCGGCCAGCGCAGGUGUUUUCCCGCACCCUGACUACACGCUUCGGAAGGUGGGAUGGCAAGCAUCGAUUUCACUCAGCCUUUGCCGGUGCCUUGAGCUACAGCCAACAUCCCUGUCUCAGCUCAGUCUGUCCAACACACUCUUCCAGUGCUCGGCAAGCUUGAGUGCUCCCUGAGGGAGCUCCUCUAAGACCGAGACAGGGUGCUGGAAGCAAGGCGGAGCGCUCAGCCUUGAUGACCAGAAUGACCUCCACCUGCCCGUUCAGGGACCGGAUGAACUGGAUGCAAAGGAUGCUGCUUCCACCAGAGAAGGUGCUUUCAGCAUUCUGGUUGGCUGUGGUUGGAAUGAGCUCAGCAUGCUGAAUGUGUUUUCGGAGACCCUCACUUACCCCGGCUCCCUCUGCUGCCCUUGGAGCGGGGAGGAUGUUGAGAACGUCCUAGCCAGUUCCACCCCAAAUCCAAGUCUCUCCGACCGGUGGUGCUGGGAGGUUUAGGUUGUGAAAAUCUUGACUGUUAAAGGCCUUUGAAUACAUCACAUUCCUAUGCAAAAUGUUUUUAAUCUCCAGUUUAAUGUAGUUUAUUUUUGCUAUAUGUAAAGUAUUUUUAUACGGCUUGUAUCAUGAUAGAGUAGCAAUAAAACAGUUGAAAGCA